AUGGUGGAUCAUGAAGAUGAGGAUGCAGACCAAGACGAUGAUGAAGACUGUGAUGGUGGGUUGGAUGCUGAUGAUGAUGGGGAACAACUCACAUGUGUUGUGCGGCGACUAUUGUUGGCUCCAAAAGCAGAAGAACCACCACAGCGGCAUAACAUCUUUCGAACGAGAUGCACGGUGCAACAGAAGAUCUGUGAUGUCAUCAUUAAUAGUGGGAGCAGCGAGAAUAUUGUCUCUCGACGUAUGGUGGAGAAGUUAGGGCUGAAGACGGAGAAGCAUCCCGCUCCUUACAAGAUCGGCUGGAUUCGCAAGGGUAAUGACGUACAGGUUGAUGAAGUGUGUCGGGUAUCCUUUUCUAUUGGCCGAACUUAUGUGGAUGAGGCAUUGUAUGAUGUAGUAGAGAUGGAUGCAUGUCAUAUGUUGUUAGGCAGACCUUGGCAGUUUGAUGUUGAUGCCGCGCAUAGGAGGAAAGAUAACGUUUACAUCUUUAAGAAGGAUGGUCGACGAAUUGUGCUCAAGCCUCUAACUGAGAAGGGGCCUGUCAAUACCAAUGUGGCUGAAAAGAAGACUUUCUUGGCCGUUGACAAUGAAGAUUUUAUGAAAGAAGUGAAGCAGUCCAAUGAGGUUUAUGCUCUUGUUUUAUCGGGAAAGGAGGAUUCUACCACAGCCGAAAUUCCACCUGGAGUUCAAACCCUCUUACAGCAGUUUGAUACAGUUAUGCCUAACGAUCUACCCUCUGAAUUACCAAUGCUUCGAGACGUGCAACAUCAGAUUGAUUUCAUCCCUGGAUCUCGACUACCAAAUCUGCUACACUAUCGGAUGAACCCGAAGGAAGGGGAGAUUUUGCAAAAGCAGGUGGAUGAUCUCGUCCAGAAGGGCCUUAUACGACCUAGCAUGAGUCCGUGUGCAGUGCCAGCACUACUAGUCCCAAAGAAGAACGGAGAGUGGCGUAUGUGUGUGGACAGUAGGGCUAUCAACAAGAUUACAGUGAAGUAUAGAUUUCCUAUUCCACGCUUGGAAGACAUGCUAGACAUGUUAUCUGGUUCAAAAGUGUUCUCCAAGAUAGAUCUCAAAAGCGGCUAUCAUCAGAUUCGGAUUAGGGAAGGAGAUUAG